UUUCAAGAAAAAUGCGGGCGAUCGGUAUUUAUGUCAUAAUUAUCGUGAUAAUUUUUGUCUUAAGAAUCCGCGGUACGAUAGACGUGAAUCUGAGCGAAUUGGAGUAUCUCGCAGCUCGAUUGAGCCCGGUCGAAUGUAGGCGAUUAAUCGCCGCGCUUCAUUACACGACUUAUGACUUGCCGAGCAGCUUGGCUGAGGCAGAGCGUAAAGUGGACGAGGAGAUCCCGUGUUUGCGUUUACUCCUUCAUUGGAAUAAUUCUCCCGAGGAGGGCCGGGGAAAGACGCACGCGGCGAUUGUGCACCGACUUCGACAGCUAAAUCGCAACGAUCUCGCCGAUUGGCUUGGCAAAACCACCUUCAAACAACUGGGAAAGGAUCUGGACAAUGCUAUUACGCUGUCCUUCGACGAGCUCGCCGAGGAAGAAAUGGAAACCAGAGCUGUGCAAAACACGAUCAAAAUAUCCUUUACAAAAUGCAAAAUAGCCAUAAAAUAUAUCUUAUCUGUAAAGUGGCGAAGACAGUAUAUCUGA